AUGUCAGAGAAUACAGAACAUAGCAAAAAUAGCAAUAUUCAAAGAGCAACGCAAAGACAAUCAGGUGACGAUCGACCCAAAAGACCUCAAACUUCUCUUCCUGAUGUGCAAACGCUUUCUUCCCUAACCUUGGAACCGUAUGUUGAUACUCACACGCAUUUACAUUAUGUCAUUGAUCGUCUUCCUGAAAAGUUUGGCGUAGAUAGUUAUCAAGAUCUCAAAGAUCGUUAUUGUCCACCAAACAUGGAGGCUUGCAUCAAUGUUCUCUGCGAUCCUCAAUCUUUCAACACUGACCAAGUAUUUCCUGGCACAUACUCUGACUGGAAAGUUAUGGCAGACACGGGCUUCAUAUACCUUACCGCCGGCGUGCAUCCACACAAUUCAAAAGACUACAACGAUUUUGUUGAAGAUCGAAUGGUCGAGAUACUUCAACAUCCAAAAACAGUGGCGUUAGGAGAAAUCGGAUUAGAUUAUCAUUACGAUUUUUCACCCAGAGAUGUUCAAAGAAGAAUUUUCGUAAAACAAAUAGAGCUAGCAAAGGCGAUGGCAAAGCCAAUUGUGAUUCACACGCGUGAAGCGGAAAGUGACACUUGGGAGAUUUUAAUUAAGCAUAUUCCUCAAGAUUGGAAAAUUCAUGUGCACUGUUUUACAGAUUCACCGCAAUUUGCGAAACGUUUACUGAACCAUUUUUCAAACCUUUAUAUCGGAAUUACUGGUGUCGUAACUUUUGGAUCUGCUAGAAAUACGCAAGAAGUAGUCAGAUCCGUCGUGCCCUUGAACCGAAUUCUUUUAGAAACUGACGCUCCGUAUAUGGUACCCGCCAAACUCAACAAAAACAAAAGAACAGCGGAAAAAGUUAACGUAUGCCACUCGGGGAUGAUUCCUUUUGUGGCCCAAAGAAUCUCGGAACUUAUGGGAAAAGGGAUCAACGAGGUGAUGCAGGCUGCAAGAGAGAAUGCGAGAAAUAUGUACGGUGUAUAG